AUGACCAAGGUUGGAUCAAACGUUGAAAAGUUCAAUCUUCACGUUUCCAAACAACUUGACAACCUUGCCCACUAUGGAGGGGAGUCCAAAGAUAUCCUGAUCCACCUGUUCGAAGGGUACAAGGCUGCAUCUGACAAGCCAUUUGUGUCAUACAUUGAGAGAAAAGAAGAAAAACAUGAGGACAACUCCGAGACCACCAAUGAACCCAAGCUCAUGCAGGACGCCAAAAACUAUUACAAGAAUUGUGUUCGUGAUCAAACCUGGAAUUGCCCUGAUGAAAACCAACAGGCUAUCCUCUUGCUGAAGGCCGAGUUCAAGCAAAUCAAAAACUCCAAGAAGUCUGAAAGUGGAAAGAAGAAGGACAAUGACAAGAAGUCCGGAGGUGGCAAGAAUAAAGGCAGGGGCAAAAACAACAAUAAGCAAAAAUCUUUGAUUGUACUGCUCCAAAAGCAGAAGAUAAACUUAAAGCAAAGCAUGUUGACAAUGACUCCAAGCCCUGGUAUUUGUGUGAAGCCCUCAAGAAAUACUGCUGCCACACUCCGGAUCAAUGCAAUCAAGAUCAAAACAAAAACAAGAAAAAGAACAAGAUCAAGCUCAGAGCCGCCAUGGCCAAGCAUUACGCCCCGUCCGGCUCCGAUACAGAUGAAGAAUGAGAGCUCCUCAAGAGCAUUCAAGGGUGGAUUGUUGUUUGGCCGUGGCUUUGGUGGGGUCUGCUGUCUCAGUGGAUCGCUAAUUGGUGGAAAUGCCUUCCGCUCUGCCUCCUUGCCACAGCUGUAA